GGUCAACUGAUUAGAGUGCAAUGGGAGCGGUGCGAAAGAACAGCUACAGCAUCGUGGCAUCAGACGAUGACAUCGUCAGGAUGUCCCGGCUACACAACGGCAUGGCGAGUCCUGGCAGUCCCCCAGGCAACAACAGCCUGUCGCCAAGCCGCCACCACCACCACGACACCAGGAACCGCUUCGUCAAGAAGAACGGCCAGUGCAACGUGGUCUUCACCAACAUGGAGGACAAGCCCCAGCGCUACCUGGCCGACCUCUUCACCACCUGCGUGGACGUGCGCUGGAGGUGCCUCCUGCUCAUCUUCACCGCCUCCUCCCUCCUGUCGUGGCUGCUCUUCGGCCUGGUCUUCUGGUGCCUGGCCCUGGCCCAUGGAGACACCAACCCCUCACGGGAGAAACCAUGCAUCCUGCACGUGCACAGCUUCGUGGGCGCCUUCCUCUUCUCCAUGGAGACGCAGACGACCAUCGGGUACGGCUACCGCUGCGUGACGGAGGAGUGCCCGGCGGCCGUGGCAGUGGUGGUUGCCCAGUGCAUCUUGGGAUGUGUGCUGGACACGCUCAUGGUGGGCACCAUCAUGGCCAAAAUGGUGCGGCCAAAGAAGCGGGCACAGACGCUGCUCUUCUCACAGCACGCGGUGGUGGCGCUGCGCGACGGCAAACUGUGCCUCAUGUGGCGCCUGGGCAACAUGCGCAAGAGUCACAUCGUGGAGGCUCAUGUGCGCGCCCAGCUGCUCCGACCCUACACCACCGCAGAGGGAGAGUACCUGCCACUGGAGCAGGUGGACCUGGACGUGGGCUACGACGAGGGCCUGGACCGCCUCUUCCUGGUGGCCCCGCAGGUGGUGGUGCACGAGAUCUCCGAGCGCAGCCCGCUGUACGCCAUGACCCGGGAUGAGGUGGCCCGCGGCGACUUUGAGGUGGUGGUGAUCCUGGAAGGGAUGGUGGAGGCCACGGCCAUGACGGCGCAGGCGCGCACCUCCUACCUGCCGCAGGAGAUCCUGUGGGGCCACCGCUUCGCCCCCAUGCUCUACGAGCGCAACGGACGCUACCUGGUGGACUACGCCCGCUUCAAUGAGACCUACAAGGUGUCCGAGAUGACGGGUCACAGCGCCGAGGAGCUGUGUUCGCUGGCUCAUCGUCAUCACGCGCAGCAGAGGGGCAAAGGAGGGCCGCCGCCGCCACCGCCGCCGUCUCUUUUGAGUUCACACAACGUGCCGUCGUUGUUGCCGUGUGGCGGCAGCCCUUCUUCUCCUGCUCGUGUUACUACUACGGGGGCGCUCUGUCCGAGUGCGUUCUGUUACGAAAACGAGGUGGCGCUAGUUGUGCCGGAGGAGGAGCAGCGAGAGGUGGUGUUGGACGAUAUCAAGGAGGAGGAGACCCAAAGCUUUCUGCUUUCUGGGAGCUCCUCCGUGAAGCAAAAUGGAGGAGCUGUGCUGUGCGUGCUGGACAUGGAUAAUCAGGAGGAGACGAAGAGGCUGCAGAAAGCCAUCCCGCCCGUUCCCGUCAUUCACAGACGAAAUUCUGCAUUGUAAUAGCAUUCACCACUCCGUUUUUAUCCGUGGAUUAA